AUGAAUGAGAUUUCACGGGAUGGAAAGAGGGAGUGGGACCAAACCCUGAGAAACACUAAUUCUUCAGGGAAAGAUGGUUUAGAGGAGCCCAAAGAAGCUGAGGAGGAGUGGCCAGAAGAGUCAGAAGAAAUUCCAGCAGCAGAGAGGGAAAUGCCGUAUACCUUAUGGCUGAAAAGGCUGAUUCUCUUGGUCAUUAUUCAGCAUAGAAGUGGCUUUAGAGGAAAAGUGGCCCCCAACGUCUGGCAACAGAAUGUAAAUGUAGCAGAACAAGGUGAAAUCAUUACGUCCAUUGCAGCGGAACGAUCCGUGCACCACGAGAAGUCAGCAUUACCCAAAAGAGUUUCCUAUAGAUCGUCACGAGGAGUCAGCAGGCGAUCUAAGCCACUGGAUCGGGGCCGCUGGGGUCUAGACAGGGGUCGACGCUUCAUCCUCAUCCAGAACCAGGCAGGUGAGACACGCCUGGCCAAGUGGUACAUGGAGUUUGUUGACUACAAGAAACAGAAGCUGAUGAAGCAGGUGCAUGCCAUGGUCACUGCGCGAGAUGCCAAACACACCAACUUCGUGCAGUUCCAGAACCUCGAGAUCAUUUACCGACGCUGCUCUGGCCUCAACUUCUGUAUCCGUGUGGACAUCAGUGACAACAAGCUGGCCUACCCGGAGGCCACCCACAACUUCGUGGAGGUCUCACAUGAAUAUUUCCACAACGUCUGUGAGCUGGACCUGGUGUUCAAUUUCUACAAGGUUUACACGGUUGUGGACAAGAUGUUCCUGGCCAGCGAGAUGCGCGAGACCAGCCACACGAAGGCGUUCAAACAGCUGUUGAUGCUGCAGUCCCUGGAGUGA